AUGCACGAAUCAUCAUCUCCCACCCCGCCUCUCACCUCCGACACCUCCUCUCCGCCAUACACACCCCCCGACUCCCCAUGCUCCAUCACCAUCUCCACGAUCGACGUCGACGAAGAAUGGGACAAGAUGUUCGACGAGGCGAUGGAGAGGCCGGUAUCUCCCUCGACCAGUAUAGACUACCUGUUCGAGGACGAGGACGAGGAUACAGAGGGAGGAGGUACCGACGCGGGGAAGGGCGAGUACGGACUAGGCGAGACCAAGGAAGGGAAGCAGUCCGCUGGCAGGCGAGCGACCGACUGGACUGCGUCAUUCGCCUACUCUUCAGCGCGCGAGACCCCUUUACCAGCGGUGGUACCUCACUCUCCCUUACUCGCGGCGCCGAACGUGUCUCUCACUGCGACUCAGCCCAUCUCCGGCACUCGACCCGUCAUUCCCUUCCCCGCAUACAAACCCGACCGGAUCCUCCCGGCAGUCCCGCUCCCUCCCACUCACCCCACGAGGCGACAACACUGGGAAGCGAACCGACGCCGACAAGGCGUAGUCAUCGUCCCGGUAGAGAUGCCCGCAGCAUCCCUGCCCCAAACCAUCCUGCCGAUACCGACGGCUCCACCGACGGCUCCACCGGCGUCUACGGCUACGACGGACGACGCUAAGAUGAUCGAUGUAAACCUGCUGCUGUCGAUAUCCACCCCAUCCCCACGAUCCUCACUUACUCUUACGCCUACUGCCAGCCACCCACUGCGACACCACCCAUAUCAGAGGGACGAUCGCGGUGCGUCGCCGGCAUCCAACAGGCCGAACGACCCCCUCCCCAUCGGUAGUCGCCACACCUUCCCUCCUGACUUUGGCGGACAAUGGGCAAGCUUGGACCGCUUCGGACGACGGAGGAAGUGGUGGGAGAUCUGA